AUGUCACUUUUACCAUUAUUGUACUCAAACUGGUGGGAAGACUUGGAAACGCCGCACAGUUUGUUUGACCAGGACUUCGGUCUGGGACUACACCCGGCAGUGACGGCUCCAAAGAGUGUCAGCCUCUACCUGACAAAACCAAAGACUCAGUCAAGACGUCCAGUGGACUACAUCCGACCUUGGAGUGAACUUCUUCGUCAAGGCCAUGGCGGAGCUUCAACUGUCAAAGCCGACAAGGACAGCUUCCAUGUUUCAUUAGACGUCCAGCAAUUUACACCAGAGGAGAUUAAUGUGAAAGUGGUCGACCGCUCGGUCGUCGUCGAGGGAAAACACGAGGAGAAGCAGGAUGAACAUGGCUUCAUCUCGCGUCAGUUCACCAGGCGCUACCUCAUCCCCGAGCAGUGCGAUAUUGAUCAUGUGUCAUCCAAGCUGUCUUCAGACGGAGUGCUUACCAUCACUGUCCCACGCAAAGAACAGCCGAAGGUCGAAGGCGAGAGGAAGAUCAACAUCGAGCACACCGGCAAGCCGGCGAUUCGUGAGGCUGCGCCCGCAGAGGCUAAAGUUAAGAAAGCUGAGGCUUAA